AGGGCUGUGUGGUGCAGGAAGGAGGGAACCAGCCCGAGCUCCAGCUGCUUGAAUCUCUCUCUCAGCGGCUGAAGGAGCCAGGUGCUGAUUAGAAGCUGUGGGAACGAAGAGGCUCCAGUCCUGAAAAAUGGCUCAGUCGGUGCAGGUCAAUCCAAAACUGCCUGAUUUAGGCUCUCCAUUCCACUACUCAAGUCAAGAGGAGGCUGAUCAGCCAGCCUCUUACUCUGUCCAGACUCCAUAUGGCUUCCAGCUGGACUUGGACUUCCUAAAAUAUGUGGAAGAGAUAGAGAGCGGGCACAACCUCCGCCGGGCGCCUCUCAGCUCCCGCCGUCCCGGUCGGGGGCUCAAACUUUCCCAGCGGAGUCCAGGUGUCGGGGGACGGACCAGCGGGUGGACGUCCACGGAGUCGCUUGCGUCUCCGGCCAGCGAGGAUGGCCGAGCCCCCCCCCCGCCGCCGCCGCGUAACCGCAUCGGCUCGGCGCCGUGCGAGGGACUCUCCCUUUCUCCCGUCACCGUCCUCAGCGUCCCGCCCCUGUCCGCCGGGGCCAAAGUGCCACCGCCCCCGCCCCAGCGCAACCCCAGAGUGGAGCGGACGCUGCUGGAAACCAGCCGGCGGCUGCAGCAGGAGCAGAGCGGCCAGCAUCAGAACGGCGGCCGCCUCCAGCUUGCCGAUCCCCCCAAACAGCUCACGUUCUCCCCGGCCGUUCAGACUCUGCAGAGUAACUUGAUGAGACCCAGCCCUCAAACCUCUGGGCGCAGCACGCCGGCCGCCGGCACCACCGUGACCCCCGUCCCGCCCAGCCAGCUGCAGACGGUUAGAGAGCAGAUGGCCACUGCCUUGAAGCAGCUGAAGGAGAUGGAGGAGCGGGUGAAGGGCGUUCCCGCUCUGGAGAGAGAGGUGGCCAAGCUUCGGGCAGAGAAAGACAUGCUUCUGUCGGCCCUGGAGGAGAAGAAAGCCGCCCUCGAGGUUACCCAGCAGAAGCAGCCGUCCGCAGAGUCCUCCACUCAAACUACAGAGACACUGGACAGUGAGCACAGUGGCCAGGCUUCCCCAAGCACGAGUGGGCACAAGGGCCUCGUAAAAUCCGGUGACUUGAAAAGGCUCACGGAAAAGUUUGAGGGGAAGGAGCAGAAGUCUGGCCAACAGUCGGCCAAGGUUUUGACGAACACUCCAGAAAAAGUAGCUGUCCAAAAGAAAUCGGUGGCCGUUGGGGAGAACGUGCCCAUGGCCUCCGUAGUUUUCUACUACAGCCACGGUGUGAAGGACUCGUCUGUCGGCACGGAGGUGAAUACGUGUGAAAAAUGUACCGCGACAGAGGCCCUACCCGUUCAUGAACGGGCCACGCAAGUCAGGCCAGACGCGGAGGAUGCGGAGGUUUGGGUCAUGGAGUCGCUGCUUGGGCUGACCACCGAGGCCCAGCGCGAGAUCGACACCUUACAGGACACCAUCAAAUUCCAGCAGGAAUCCAUCGUGGCUCUGGAAGAUCAGUUGAGGGUUACCGACAAAGACCUGGGAAUCUUCAAAGCCCAGCUGGAGGAGAAAACUUCUAAAGUCAUGCUCGAGAAGGAGGUCCUCGCCAAACCGGACACGACAGAUGCCCAGGUCGAGACGUUGCCCGCAGCGUUGAAGCAUGCCGCGGUCUCGUGCCGUCCGGAGGUGACGGACGUCUGCGUGGGCGAAAGCUCAGCAGCAGAUCAGAGAGAACAGAGCGCCCAGACCGAAGCUCCGGAGGAAGCCCCGGAACCGGCCGCCGCUGUGCUGGUCAGCGUCGGCUGCCAGUGGGAGAACGUGAACGAUGACAAGCCUGAGGAGCCGAAAGCGCCAAAGAAGAGACAGCUGACCAUUGCUGACUACAAGGUCUCACCAGAGGAAGAGCUGGUCUGUGUGGUGGAGAAAAAAGAGGCAGACAAAGGAGAGGAGGCCACAGCCAGCAGCACCAAAACAGGUAUGCUGAAAUCAAUCAUGAAGAGGAAGGAUGGGAGUAACUCGACAGAGAAUCGCUCGGCCGGGAAGAAGAGUCUGCAGUUUGUUGGCAUUCUAAACGGGGGGUAUGAAUCUACCUCCAGUGAAGAGGAAGAGGAUGAGGAGGAGGAGGAGGAGGAGGAAGAAGAGGAGGAGGACGGCAGCUCCUCUGGAGAAAGUGGAGAAGGAGAGUGCUUGGAUAGCACGGAGGAGGAUGAGGCGGCUCUGGAGGAAGAAACCUCAGAGGAGGAGAGAAAUGUCAACCUGGACGAGAGUGAUACCGACGAGGAAACACUGAGAGCUGCAAACUACUCAUCAGAUGCUGUGAAAGAAAAGUUUGAGUUUAGCUUAAAAAUGCGUGAAGCCUGCCUCAUUCUGAAGAACCACCUGAACGACGACGUCAAAGCGUUGAAGAGUAAGGAAGUGCUCUCCAGCACACACAGCGUCCAGCUGGAGUGGUUCAGAAUAUCCAGUGCGAAGAUGGCCCAGCCUCCCCGCGUCUCAGACUACCUGAUGGCGUUUUCGGAGGUGUCCUCCGUGCUGCUUCAGCACGUGGUCAACAUGACCGACGGCAACGGCAACACCGCUCUCCACUACAGCGUCUCCCACUCCAACUUUGGAGUUGUCGGACUCCUGCUUGACACAGGUGUGUGCUGUGUGGACAAGCAAAAUAAGGCGGGCUACACAGCCAUCAUGCUCGCCGCCCUGUCCACUGUGAAGGAGGAAGACGACAUGGCCGUGGUCAAAAAGCUCUUCAGUCAAGGCAACGUCAACGCCAAAGCCAGCCAGGCCGGCCAGACGGCCCUGAUGCUGGCCGUGAGCCACGGCCGACAGGAGAUGGUGCGAGCGCUGCUGGAGUGCGGCGCCGACGUCAACGUGCAGGACGACGAGGGAUCCACGGCCCUGAUGUGCGCCAGCGAGCACGGCCGCGCCGAGAUCGUCAAGCUGCUCCUGGAGCAGCCGGGCUGCGACAUCUCCAUCGUGGAUAAUGACGGCAGCAAUGCUCUGUCUAUUGCACUGGAGGCGGCCCACAAUGACACAGCUGUGCUCCUUUAUGCUCAUAUGAACUACGCCAAGACCCAGACUGCGGCCGUGGGAAGUCCAAAGACCCAGCCCAGGAGCCCCACAAGCACACACAAGUCCUGGCCUGUAGACUGA